AUGACGUCGAAGCGGAAGCGAAUCUCACUGAAGGAGAAGCUUGAGAUCAUCCAAGCAGUCGACCGGGGGAAGAAACAAUCGGCCGUUGCAGACACCUUCAGACUCUCAAUGCAAACUGUAAAUACGAUCAUGAAGAACAAAGAGGUCGUCCUCGGAAAACAGGUAAUGGGUGACCUGCUCCCAAAGAAGUUCCGACUCCGCGACGCUACUUUUCCAGAAGUCGAGGACGCCUUACUGAUCUGGCUCCGUGACGCUCGUUCACGAGACAUCCCUGUGAAUGGUUUGCUUUUGCGGAAGCGUGCGGAGCAAUUGGCAGCCAUUCUGGGCCACGAUGACUUCUUGUGCAGCGAUGGUUGGUUAAGCCGCUUUAAAGCGAGGCACGGGGUAACUUUCAAGUGCAUUUCCGGAGAGUCGGACGGCGUUGAUGACGGUGUUGUGGCGAACUGGAAAAACCAGUCUCUUCCGGGUCUGCUCGCGGGCUACGAACCGCGUAACAUCUUCAACGCCGACGAAAGCGGACUCUACUACAAAAUGAGGCCGAGAAAGACCUACAGUCUCUCUGGGGAACCGUGCCACGGAGGAAAAAGAUCUAAAGAGCGCGUGAGCGUUCUCUUCUGCUGCAACAUGGACGGAACCGAAAAGACAAACCUGCUAUUGCCGGUAGAUUGGGCAUCCAACAAAAGCGCGUGGAUGACGCGGGACAUUUUUAAUAAGUGGUUGCUGGAUUUCGAUGGCAGGUUGAAGAAAGAGAAGAGGAAGGUGUUACUUUUCCUUGAUAACUGCUCCAGCCACAUGCAGGUUCCAGAGCUCCAGUCCACAAAGGUGGUGUACUUCCCACCGUGCACAACAUUGAAGCUACAACCCAUUGACCAGGGCAUCGUGCACUCCGUGAAGUCGAGAUAUCGGAUGCGGCUCGCUGAACGUUUGCUUUACAACAUGCAGCGAAAUAUUGACUCUGUCAUUGACCUCAAGUUUGCAGUGCAGGUUGUCUCUGCUGUGUGGGAACAAGUUGAAGCACGUGUCAUCAAGAACUGUUUCCGGAAGGCUGGUUUCGUUUUCAACGACAGUGAAGAGCCCGUCCCUCUAGUAGACAAUCCUGACGAGCCAGAGCCAGGGUUUUGGGAAGCUGUUGAGAAAGCUUUUGGUUCAGAAGACUUUUCGGAUUAUGUUAACAUUGAUGCUGAUGUCGUCAGAACGGAGCAACUAACAGAUGAAGAAAUAGUUGCUCAGGUGAGAGGACUCUCUACUUGUGACCAAGAGGAGGGGGAAGAGGGUGACGAAGAGGCUGUGACUAGAAAAGUAACAACUGCUGAAGCCCUGGAUCAUAUCAACGCCCUCAAGUGCUUCUUUGUGCAGAAUGGGGCACCGGAGGAGGUGUUGCGUCUUGUGAAAAUGGAGCAUGGAAUUGUGGCAAAUGCUUACUGCACCCCUACGCACAAGUCCCACCUUGCUAGAGGAACUGUGGCACAGUGGUGGCAGGUCGUGUUAAACGAACACACUUCCACCUCAGUGAAAAAGCUGUGUAACUAUUAG